GUCCAAGGCCGCGUUCCCCAUGCUGCCUGCACGCUUGACGGGUAGACUGCUCUGGCCCUUACUUAGGGGAUCCACUCCCACGGUAGUGCGCUCUGGCCUCCGCGAGCCGCUCCUCGAGAGACGAUGCGCGGCCGCCACCUCCUCCCAGCACCCAGCGAGCCUGGGACGUGGGCUUCUUCGUGGCCCCACGGCAAGUGGGAGUUACGAAGGAAGGGACGACAUGGAGGAGCGUUUUCUGUUCCCUGAGUACGUCUCGGAGCCGGAGCCCGCACCGGCUCUCGAAGAAGAGCUACGGGAACUGCAGCAGCGCCAGGAGGAGGAGGAACGACGGAAGCAACAGCGGCGGGAGGAACGGCGGCAGCAGAAGCUACGGGCCGGCCUCCGGGUACAUCCAGUCGUGGGGCACCCAGACCCGACGGUGCCGCCCAGCGGCCUGAACUGCUCGGGCUGUGGGGCUGAACUGCACUGCCAGGACCCUGGCGUGCCCGGCUACCUGCCCAGUGAGAAGUUCCUUAGCGCAGUGGCACAGGGCGACGGCGGUCUGGCACGGACCGUGUGCCAGCGCUGCUGGCUACUGGUGCACCACCGGCGCGCCUUGCGCUUGCAGGUGAGCCGCGAACAGUACCUGGAGUUGGUGAGUGCUGCGUUGCGGCAGCCCGGGCCCGCUUUGGUGCUCUACAUGGUGGACUUGCUCGAUUUGCCCGACGCCCUGCUGCCGGAUCUGCCCGCGAUGGUAGGCCCCAAGCAGCUGAUCGUGCUGGGGAACAAGGUGGACCUCCUGCCUCAGGACGCUCCCGGCUACCUGCAGCGGCUCCGGGAGCGUCUGUGGGAAGACUGUGCCCGCGCCGGGCUCCUGCGGCCCCCCGGCCACCGAGGGCCACUGCACCCCGGCGGGGGCGGGCCACCCGAUGGGGAAGAGAAUUGGAAUCUCUCGGCCAGGUCCCGUACUAUACUCACAGACGUGCGGCUUAUCAGCGCCAAGACUGGCUACGGAGUGGAAGAGUUGAUCUCUGCGCUUCAGCGCUCCUGGCGCUACCGCGGCGACGUCUACUUGGUUGGCGCCACCAACACUGGCAAGUCCACUCUCUUCAACACGCUCUUGGCGUCAGAUUACUGCAUCGCCAAGGGCACUGAGGCUAUGGACCGAGCCACCAUCUCGUCUUGGCCUGGAACUACAUUAAACCUACUGAAGUUUCCUAUUUGCAACCCAACUCCUUACAGAAUGUUUGAAAGGCAAAAAAGGCUUAAAAAAUAUGCAACUGAAGCUGAAGAAGAUCUUAGUCAGCAAGAACAAAACCAACUUCAUCUCUUAAAAAAGCACGGUUAUGUAGUAGGAAGAGUUGGAAGAACAUUCUUGUAUUCAGAAGAACAGAAGGAUGAAGCUGCCUUUGAGUUUGAUGCUGAUUCACUUGCCUUUGACAUGGAAAAUGAACCUGUUAUGGAUGCAGAUAAAUCCACUAAACAUGUAGAUCUGACUCCACAAGAUGUGAAAGAUGCCCACUGGUUUUAUGACACCCCUGGAAUUACAAAGGAAAAUUGUAUUUUAAACCUUCUAACAGAAAAAGAAGUAAAUAUUGUUUUGCCAACACAUGCCAUUGUUCCAAGAACUUUUGUGCUUAAACCAGGAAUGGUUUUAUUUUUGGGUGCCAUAGGCCGCAUAGAUUUUCUGCAGGGAAGUCAGUCAGCUUGGUUUACAGUUGUGGCUUCCAACUUCCUUCCUGUGCACAUUACCUCCUUGGACAAGGCAGAUGCUAUAUACCAGAAGCAUGCAGGUCAUACAUUACUCAAGGUUCCAAUGGGUGGCAAGGAACGAAUGGCAGAAUUUCCUCCUCUUGUUGCUGAAGACAUUGCAUUAGAAGAAGGCCUUGGGGAAUCUGAAGCAGUGGCCGACAUCAAGUUUUCCUCUGCAGGUUGGGUUGCAGUAACGCCUCAGUUUAAGGACAGACUGCAUCUCCGUGGCUAUACCCCUCAAGGAACAGCGCUGACAGUGCGGCCCCCUCUCUUGCCACAUAUCGUUAACAUCAAAGGAGAGCGCAUCAAGAAAAGCGUGGCCUAUAAAACCAAGAAGCUUCCUUCCCUUGUGUACAAUCUGCGGAAGAAGAAAAAGCAGAUGAAAAUAUAAAGCUGACCUUGCUCAUGCCGAAUAUUAACUAUAGAGCUGUAAUUUUUUUUAUUACUCAGAACUGUGCCUAUUUGUAAUGUACUAAGUUUGUAAAUACAAGUUUUCUUGGAGGGUGUGUAUGUAAGUGUGACCCAAAUACUCGUACACCUAAAAAGGAGUUUUGCUACAUUCAAGUUUCUCUCACUACUGUUUUUUUAUUGAGACCAGAUGUUACUUCUUAUUUGCAGUCUAGUUAAGAGGACAACUUAGCAAGCGGCAUAUGAAAAGGUAGCAGAAAAUCAAUUUCUCCAAGUAAGAUAGAAGUGAGUGGGUGGCUCUGCACCAUGUGGUCGACCAAGGAUCCAGCUGGUGGAACACUCCACGACUUCCAUCUCUCGGCCUGGUGUUUGCUUGGGUGGCCACCCUUUCCCAGUGGGAGGGAGACAGGAGUGGAGAUGAAGAGCAAGCAGCUUCCCUGUUUAAAAGAAGGGGCCAACCUGAAGUUGCAUACACCAGUUCACACAGUCAUUGCUCAACAGUCACAUGGCCAUAGGCACCCACAAGAAGCUGGGCGAUGUGGGGAAAAUAGGGACCAUUUCAGAUUUUUCUUACUUAAGAAGAGAAGGGGAGAAUGAACACUGGAGAAUAAAUAAAAGUUUACCAUACAUGAGUUAAAAGUGUCUGAAAAUCUUAGGUAAAAAAAGGUUCAAGUUAUAUCUUGUCAGCCUCCAUAGUCUAUUGUGCAACUAUCCGAGAGUUUAACCAUUUUAACAUUUGUAUACACUAUAUAACAUUACAUCAAUCAGAUGUUUUUAUCUUUUGUUAUUCCUAGAUGAAUACAAUGAGCAAUUAGCAAGUCAAGUUCCAGAUGCCUUCCUUGUCUGAAGUUGAGAUAAAUGCUAGUGGGAUAUGCUGGCCUGAAACGCAGUCAGGUCUGUGAAUUUCUUGUAGACUAGGGUUUAACAUAAACUUUUUAAAUUGCUUUAUUUUAUUUUAUUGAUUUUAGAGUGAGAGAAAGGGAGAGAAAGAGAAAUGUUGAUUUGUUCUUCCACUUAUUUAGAGAAUCGGAAGACACUACCCAACUGAGGUACUCAGCUGAGGCAGCAUAAACUUCUUGAUAGUCUCUUGUUCUGUCAGUAUGUACCCUCUAGUCCCUCUUCUCACUAAGUCCUCUCAGAAUAAAUAGGUAAUAUUUUAAAAUGCAACUUGUAAAAACUUUGUAGAUCUGUCCUUCAUCGUGUUUGAAAAUGAGUACUAUAGGCAUC